UGCAGAGGUGGUUGAAGACAUAUGGCUAUUUGCUCCCCUACGACAUCCGAGUUUCAGCUUUACAUUCAGGAACAGCUAUGCAGUCAGCAAUUGCAACGAUGCAGCAGUUUUACCGGAUCCCGGUGACGGGUGUGCUGGACCAAACCACAAUUGAGUGGAUGAAGAAGCCUCGCUGUGGGGUUCCUGACCUUCCUCAUUUAAGCCAUAGAAGAAGGAACAAAAGAUAUGCACUAACAGGACAGAAGUGGAGACAGAAACACAUAACAUACAGCAUACACAACUACACUCCCAAGGUGGGGGAGCUGGACACUAGGAAAGCGAUUCGUCAGGCCUUUGAUGUGUGGCAGAAGGUGACUCCACUGACAUUUGAAGAAAUUCCGUACCAUGAAAUUAAAAACGAGCGGAAAGAUGCAGACAUUAUGAUUUUUUUCGCUUCUGGUUUUCACGGAGACAGUUCUCCAUUCGAUGGGGAGGGAGGAUUUUUAGCACAUGCCUACUUCCCUGGACCAGGAAUUGGAGGAGACACUCACUUCGAUUCGGAUGAACCCUGGACCCUCGGGAACUCCAAUCAUGACGGUAACGACCUUUUCCUCGUUGCUGUCCAUGAACUUGGUCAUGCCUUGGGUCUGGAACAUUCUAAUGACCCCAGCGCUAUCAUGGCGCCAUUCUACCAGUAUAUGGAAACGCACAACUUUAAGCUUCCACAAGAUGACUUACAGGGAAUUCAGAAGAUUUAUGGUCCCCCUGCGGAAACACUAGAGCCUACUCGACCGCUGCCUACACUUCCACCACGCAGGAUACAGUCGACGUCCGAAAGAAAGCACGAGAGGCAGCCAAGACCCCGCCCCCCAUCUGGAGAAAAGCCUGCCCACCCAGGCAACAGGCCGAAUAUAUGUGAUGGGAACUUUAAUACCGUGGCUUUGUUCAGAGGCGAGAUGUUUGUCUUUAAGGAUCGGUGGUUCUGGCGGCUUCGUAAUAAUAAAGUCCAGGAAGGAUACCCAAUGCAGAUUGAACAGUUCUGGAAAGGGUUGCCACCUAAAAUAGAUGCAGCGUAUGAACGGUCAGAUGGCAAAUUUGUCUUCUUCAAAGGAGACAAAUAUUGGGUUUUUAAGGAAGUCACGGCAGAGCCAGGUUAUCCACACAGCUUGGUAGAGUUGGGAAGUUGUCUGCCGCGGGAAGGAAUCGACACAGCUCUGCGAUGGGAGUCGGUUGGCAAGACCUACUUCUUCAAGGGGGACCGCUACUGGAGAUACAACGAAGAAAAGAAAACGGCCGAUCCCGGAUACCCAAAAUCUAUAACGGUUUGGAAAGGAAUCCCAGAAGCACCACAAGGAGCCUUUGUGAGCAAAGAAGGAACUUACACAUAUUUCUACAAAGGAAAGGAAUACUGGAAGUUCGAUAAUCAAAAGCUUUUAGUGGAAUUGGGUUACCCGAGGUCGAUUGUCAAAGACUGGAUGGGCUGCAACCAAAAAGAAGUGGACAACAGCAAAGACCGCCACCUACCGCACGACGAUGUGGAUAUUAUGGUGACAAUAAAUGACGUUCCCAGCACCGUCAACGCCAUAGCGGUGGUCAUCCCCUGUAUCUUGUCCCUGUGCAUCUUGGUCUUGGUAUAUACUAUUUUCCAGUUUAAGAACAAGGGGGUGCAACAAAACGUGACCUAUUACAAACGGCCGGUGCAAGAAUGGGUAUGA